AUAGAAGGAAUGAAAUACCGUCUGCUGAUCCGGGUGUUGUGCUGUGUCGCCUUGGUGUGGCUCCUGACGGCGUCCGUGCGCCUCGGCCCGCCAGGUGACGCGCCAGAGACACGAACGAGUUUCCAGCCAGUCUACACGAGAGAGAUUUAUUGUAAAGAUGGCCACGUCUUGCAGGGAAAUAAAACCCACUGUCCAGGGUUGGUCAUGCUAUCGUCCUUGUUCGCUCAUCUCCCGGCCAUAAAGGCAAAGUUUUCUUCUGAAUCGCAACACUUAAUCCGUUUGUUCGAAGGACUGAAAAAAGAUAUAAUGGUGCGAGGAGUUGCUAAGGAUCCUUGGGCAUUAGCGAGAACGUGGGCCAGUCCAAACUCACUGGUUCCGGAAACCGCUCCUGGCCUGGGAGACAUCCUGGCUGCCCUGUCCAAUGCCCCCAUCACAGCGGCUGACGUUGCUGUUGGAGUGUCGCAGCUCAAGAUCAUACUACAGCUUGAAGGAAACCAGAAAGUCAUGUUCUUACCCAAGAUAUAUCCUCGAAACCGCAUUAUUAAAGGAAAGAACAAAGGAGGCGACAGAUUUAAUGGAGAAAUCGUAGCCUUUCACCUGGCCCGCCUGCUGGGGCUGCAGAUGGCGCCCAUUGUCUCUGGCCGCAAGGUCUCGCUCAAUAGGCAGAUCCUCCCCGUAGCGUCGCGAAAGCUCGCUAAAACUUUCACCAAAAGCAAAGACGGAAGGACAUGUUUCUACGGAGUAUGUCGGUACUGCAGGCCAGAGGUUCGUGUGUGCGACGGCAAGGACUCGGUUCAGGGCGCUGUGACCAUGUGGCUUCCGCGACAUCUUCCUCUUUUGGAAAUUGAACAUCCCUGGCGAUUUAAUAAAUGGAAUAACCUUGCACGAUGGGAAAACGACGAAGAUUAUUGCGAGGAAGUGUUAAAAGGGAAUCAAGGGGGGAGGAUUCUGGACCUGAGUGGCGUCUCUGUGCUCGACUACUUGAUACAGAACGUAGACAGACAUCACGCGACCUACAUUGCGGGGGAACCGAAUUCGUCGCUCGUCACACUCGACAAUGGGAAAAGCUUUGCUGAUCCAGAGACUGACUACAUGGAUAUUAUGGCUCCAGUAAUCCAGUGCUGCAGAUUCCGGCAGGACAUGUACGCGCGGCUGGUCCUGCUGAGCGGCGGCGGGCUGUCCCGGGCCCUGAGGGAGCUCCUGGGCCUCGACCCGCUCGCCCCCGUGCUCGCCGACGCCCACCUCCGCGCCCUGGACCGCCGCCUCGCGCACGUCCUCGCCGCCCUCAGCGCCUGCAGCGAGAAGAAGGGUGGAUGGCACAACGUGCUUUUCUGAAAGUAUAUAUACACAUGGAUCGAUUUUUCGUGACUUAAGAUUUUUAUUUUUAUUUAGAUUUAUUAAUUAAUUUAUUUUUUUACCCUGCCGAAAGUUCAGCUAUCUUGAGUUCCUUCGACUGACAGCUUUGAAAUCAGACACAUGUAAGAUGCAUUUAUCGUGAGUUCGUAGUCAUUCCAUGAUACGAGAUUCGAGAACGAAAAGGGUGCGCUGUAAACAAAUGCUGACUUAUAUCACUAUUUUGUGGAGACUUUAUAUAUGAUUAAAAGUAAUGUAUUUUGUAUCAAUAAUACACUCCGAAUCUGUGAAUACGCGAAUAUAAUAUCAUUUAGGAGUUCCUAAAACAAAUGUAUUAAGAGUAAGGUGCAUCCUAUGACACGUAGCGUAUUCUGUAUAUUAGGCCCAAGAAGGGCCAGCGUCCUAAAAGUCAACAUUGAGAAGAACGCCUUUGAAAAUUUGCUCCGUUAAUUGAUAUUCAGCAGAUAAUAAUUCACGAAAUAUUUAUUUUUUCUGUGACAAAUCGAACUGUGUUGCAUGAAUCUAAUCAUU